CCGCCCCGCCUCCCGCCGUUGGCCGUAGUCCCGCGGCCGCCCGGCAGUCCGGUGUAUGUGCGGCAACAACAUGUCGGCGCCGCUCCCCGCCAUCGUCCCGGCCGCCAGGAAGGCGACGGCCGCCGUGAUUUUUCUUCACGGACUGGGAGAUACCGGGCAUGGAUGGUCAGAAGCACUUGCAGGUAUCAAAAGCCCCCAUGUAAAAUACAUUUGCCCACACGCGCCAUUUAUGCCGGUUACUUUAAACAUGAACAUGGCUAUGCCAUCAUGGUUUGAUAUCGUUGGACUUUCUCCAGAUUCGCAGGAAGAUGAAGUUGGGAUCAAAAAGGCAGCAGAGAAUGUUAAAGCACUCAUAGAUCAAGAAGUAAAAAAUGGAAUUCCUUCCAAUCGAAUUAUUCUGGGAGGCUUUUCUCAGGGUGGAGCUUUAUCAUUGUAUACAGCUCUUACAACGCAUCAAAAGUUAGCAGGUGUUGUAGCCCUCAGCUGUUGGCUUCCUCUGCGUUCCUCUUUUGUUCAGGGUGCUGUUGGUGUCAAUAAGGAGAUUCCUGUUCUUCAGUGCCAUGGGGACUGUGACCCACUUGUUCCUUUAAUGUUUGGUUCUCUUACUGUUGAGAAGCUAAAGAGUAUGAUAAAUCCAGCCAAUAUAACCUUCAGAACUUACUCUGGCAUGAUGCAUAGUUCAUGUAUUGAGGAGAUGAUGGAUAUAAAACAGUUCAUAGACAAACAUCUACCUCCCAUAGACUGAAAUGACACGUGAGAAGCCUUCUACAUAAACACCAGCAUCAACUGUGGUAGAGUUAGUCUUUUCACAUGCCUGAUAAGAAAGCAUUACUUCUGUACCUGCAGUGUUACUACUGUGUUGCAAAUUUAUACUUAAGACAAGGAGUAAAUUGUACACAUAUGUGAGAAAUGAUAAUCUUUGUAGUAUUGAUCAUCCUCUGAUGGGAUUGAAAAAUGAUACAGCUAGGUAACAGUGAUAGAAUGUAACCUGAAUGUAACUAUUUUAAGACUUUUGAUUGCAGAAUUUUAAACUAUUUGUACAAUCAAAGACUAAACUUAUGUGAGCAACAUAAAUGCGACCAGUUUGGUAUACUUGAGACAUGAUUUGUUCUUAGUACUCGUUGAAAACAAAUUAAAACAUUUUGUGUAUGUAAUGGAUGUAUAAAGUGCACAACAUGUAACAAAGUGGGCAUAUGAUUGUAGAAUAAAUGUUACUGAGGACAAAGCUUUAAAUGUUAAACAUUAAUUGUUGCUCCAAAUAGGGUUUUUCUUCUAGAAUGACUAUUAUAGUCAGCAGAAAUAUUUCCUGCAUUUAAAACACCUCAGUUUUAAAUGUUUUCAUACAGGUAGAUACUGUGGAAAUGAUGAAGGCACUCAUUCCUCAUUAGACCAUCAUUUGUUGCUAUGCUGCUGUCAUUUAGUUUGGAUUACUAUAAAUUUAUGCCAAAUGCUGACUCAAACAAUUCUGAAGAAGUGCAUAGGAAUAAUUUGAGUUUUGUUUAAAAUUCCUAUUUUCAUAUUGAAUAGCCACCUUACACUUCAAAAUUGUAGCUUUCAUUUAUAUAGAAAUGUUGAUGAUGUAUUUUACAUGAGCUAUUCCAGCAUAUAGUUUUGACUUUACUGCCUGCUUUGGAGUAACUAAAUGAAAACAGUGCAGCUGUGUAGUUUUUAGUUUUGUAUAUUGUUGAAUCUCAUCCGUAACACAUUCUUACCAUCUACUGCUUUCUUUUCUUCAUACUGACACUUGAGAUUUGUCUGGAAAAGAACACAACUUUAUUUUCAACUGUAUGAUUUUGCAUUUCCCUAGAUUAUUGUAGCCUAAAAAUAUGCUGAACUACUAUUGGGGGAAAAAAUCUUCAAGAUAAAAAAUGUCUCUUCUUUCAGAAGCUUACAAUUCUAAAGUGCUCUGGAUUACAGAAAUCAGUGUGACAGCUUUUUUUUUUUUUUCUUUUCUUUU